GUUUGUUGACGCAUCAGCUGAAGUUGAAGAGCAGCGGCUCGUGUUUCUCCUCAGACGCGCAGGGUUGUGUUUAGUGGAGAAUGGCCAGUGCAGCAGCCAGUGAGAGUUCUUCAUCAUCUUCAUCAUCAUCAGCAGGAGCUGCCAAUGGUCAAUCAGCGGGAGAAAGUGGAGGUGGAGGAGCUCAGGACAGCACGUUUGAGUGUAACAUCUGUCUGGACACAUCUAAAGAUGCUGUCAUCAGUCUGUGCGGACACCUCUUCUGCUGGCCAUGCUUGCAUCAGUGGUUAGAGACUCGUCCAAAUAGACAGGUGUGUCCGGUGUGUAAAGCAGGCAUCAGUCGAGAUAAAGUGAUCCCACUGUACGGCAGAGGCAGCACCGGCCAGCAGGACCCCAGAGAGAAAACUCCUCCGCGACCACAAGGCCAGCGUCCAGAACCGGAGAACCGUGGCGGUUUUCAGGGCUUUGGUUUUGGCGAUGGUGGAUUUCAGAUGUCGUUUGGUAUUGGAGCUUUUCCUUUCGGGAUCUUCGCCACAGCGUUUAAUAUCAAUGAUGGCAGACCCCCGCCAGCUGCUCCAGGAACACCCCAGCACACAGAUGAGCAGUUCCUGUCCCGCCUCUUCCUGUUUGUGGCUCUGCUCAUCAUGUUCUGGCUGCUCAUUGCAUAAACUGGUAAAGCAUACCAUCAGGACACAGUAAACUCAUUACUCUCAGAGGACUAAUUAACUAACUAACUGAACUGUCAGCUUUCAGUAGUGCAGGCUUCCUCUCUUCUGUUGAUGAGCUGACGGUUAAUUAAGAUACGUGUUAAUCGACCGCCCGCCGGGCUCUUUUUCUGUGAAAGAGAUGCAAUGCUUCUGGUUGCAUGUCUGUGAAUGUAAACACUCAUAAUCUGUUUUCUGAUUUUAAAUAAAGUCUUAUUUCUCUUA